AUGGCAGAUCUCAACCUGUCCCGCCACACAGCUUCAAGCGACCAGCAGCAGCAACUUCGUGGCGCCGUCCGACCUGCCUCGCCCACUCAAGACCGCCCACUACAUGAGAUUUUGCGCCCUCGCUUGGAGGAGCACGCAAGCCGCGGAACAGACAUGCAAGCUGGCCGAGUUCGAGCCACAAACGAGUUGCCUGCCAACGCGCAAGCCAACGCGCAAGCCAACGCGCAAGCCAGGCAAGGUGACCAGCAAGCCAAUCAGCCGGCCAACGAGGUGACCGACGAGCGAGCCGGACUCCGAGCAGAGAUCGCUGAAAUGACCCAAACUCUGGCAGCCGACGAAGCUGAAAGGCAGACGCUCCGACAGCGCGCUGCAGCCGCCCGCGCAGCAGAAAAUGAACAACUGGCUCUGCAGUAUGAAACUCGCGCAGACGAUGUCAUGGCAGUCAUCGGCAGCACAAGCGCGGCACUUGCAGCAACUCGCAUACGCCUGUUCGCCCUGACCCCAGCCCCAGCCUUCCAACCCUCGAAUCAAUUGCCAGACACUGACCCGCUUGUCAGAUUUUGGCAAGCCCUUCACGCCGGCCAAGUGACCGAGCGGGUCUUUCGAUUGGAUCCUGUCACCAACCAGAUGGUCGAGGUGAAUGGUGACCCAGACCAGCCGCUUCAACCCAAUGAAACGAGAUUCUUGACUCUUCCUGACGGCGUGUUCUGGCUGGGGAACUACUUGCUGGGGUCAGUCCUCAUGGUCCGCAGCUGCUACUAUGGACUUUUCGACGCAAUCAUCAACCCAUCUGCGAAUCCUGCGCAAAAAAACGGGCGUAUUGUCACCGGCAAUCCAGGCAUUGGCAAGACCUUCUUUUCGGCAUACUUUGUCUAUCGCUUGUUUCAGCAACACCGUCCGCUGACUGUGGUGUACGAGCCUGCAGUGAAGCCAACCACGGACAGAUACCUUCUUCAAACGGAUGGGAAUGUGUUGCUGGGCACUUUCGACAGCUUCCGAGACAUCCUUCAGAACCGUCGCCCCAACGUCUGGUACCUUGUCGAUGGCCACGCACCUGGUUUCUACAAUGCCUACACCCUGCUCGUCACACCACUAUGCCGCAAAAUUUACAAGGAGCUCGAGUACACCUCCUAUCCCAUGAUGUCCAUGCCAGUGUGGUCGUGGGACGAGCUUCUUGCAUGUAUGCGCCAGCUAAACCUGGAUCUAGAGCAAGUGCAAGCUGCCGAGGAGCGGUUUCAUCGUUGGGGCGGCAUCGCACGACAUGUGCUCAAUCUUUAUAUGACUCUGGAGAUGGCCGAAUGGCUUUUACAGGAGGCGCUUCACCGUUGCACGGUCGCGGCUAUUCGUGACGCCGUGGGUCAGAUCGCUGGAGAGCAGGAUAUAUCCCACCGAAUCCUUCACAUCGAUCUCCAAUCCGAGUCCGAACCGUUCCAGCGCCCCCGCCUCGUGUUUGCGUCUGACUGGGUGGCCGACCGAUUUCUGGAUCGUGUGUAUGAAGCCGAAUACGAUCAUCUCAUCACCUUUUUAAGUGCGUCUGCCGCGUUUGGAGAGACUGCGGCGCUUCGCGGACAUCUGCUUGAGAGGUUCGCCCAUCGUCUCAUCUGUCAGGGUGGCACUUUCCGAAUUCGUAACUUGUCCAACGCCCAAGCGCCUGAGUCCUCUCUGACCAUUCCGCAGCUCACAUAUGUCCGCUUUCACAAACUUGACGACGUUGAUCUCCAUCUCCAGAACCGUUACUUUCGUCCAUCCUCCGGCAACCAUCCGGCCAUCGACGCCAUCAUUUCGCCUCACACGUUCCUGCAGAUGACCGAUCCCCCCCAACCCCUACAACCCGCUGAUCCCACCUUUGGCAUUGUUUUCUGUCGUAUUAAGUAA